UAAUCCACACGAAAACAAAUACUGUUUUGUUUUCCUUAUUGAUAUUGUCGCCAAUCAGGGAAUUUUUGAUCAAAUCGAAUCUCGAAUUCGUCGUGAGCAAUGGUGCUUUCGCAGAAGAUUCAUGGAGCAUUCAAAGGCGCGGUGGAGAGGAUGACGGGUCCUCGAACGGUCUCUGCUUUCAAGGAGAAGGGAGUUCUCAGCGUCAGCGAGUUCGUUCUCGCCGGCGACAAUCUCGUCUCCAAGUGCCCUACCUGGUCAUGGGAAGCUGGUGAUCCGAGCAAAAGGAAGCCGUAUCUGCCGUUGGAGAAGCAGUUUUUGAUUACUAGGAAUGUACCUUGUCUACGAAGAGCUGCUUCUGUGGCGGAGGAUUAUGAAGCUGCUGGAGGUGAAGUUUUGGUUGAUGAUGAAGAUAAUGAUGGUUGGCUUGCUACUCAUGGAAGACCUAAAGAUAAAGGUAGUGAAGAUGAAGACUUGCCAUCCAUGGAUGCCUUGGAAAUAAACGAGAGAGAUACUACUCAACCUAGGUGUGGUGGAGAUGAGGAGGAAGAGAUUCCAGAUAUGGAGGAUUUUGAUGAGAUUGACAAUGAUCCUGCAACUCUUCAGUCGAAUAUUCUUGUGGCUCAAGAACCAGAUGAUGAUAAUAUCCUUAGGACCAGAACAUAUGAUGUUAGCAUCACGUAUGACAAGUAUUACCAAACUCCCCGUGUUUGGUUAACCGGCUAUGAUGAGUCAAGGAUGUUACUGCAACCUGAACUUGUAAUGGAGGAUGUUAGUCAAGACCAUGCACGCAAAACGGUAACGAUAGAAGAUCAUCCACACUUGCCUGGGAAACACGCUUCAGUUCAUCCAUGUCGACAUGGAGCUGUUAUGAAGAAGAUCAUUGAUGUAUUAAUGUCACGUGGAGUGGAGCCUGAAGUUGACAAGUAUCUCUUCUUGUUCUUGAAGUUUAUGGCAUCGGUUAUUCCAACGAUAGAGUAUGAUUACACAAUGGACUUUGAUCUCGGUAGCUCAAGCACUUAAUUGCAGAUGGAACACACACAUUUGCUCUUGAUUGUGAGAAGCAAGAAAGUUACUGGAGUGGCUCUUCACUGUGUAUAAUAUGGAGUACUCUCUUUUUAUUAUAAGUUUAUUUUCCAUUUUUCGUUUGGGACCUUCAUAUAUUUUCUAUAUUAAAAAGUGUUUUCUAUUA